UAUUUAAGAAGUAUUUCAGCCUUUCAGUUAUUCAUCCAAUGAGAGUUGGCGUUGUUUUGAAAGACCCGCCUACCGGAAGUGUUAGCAGUGUCACCGCUGAAGUGACGUCAUCCAUGUUCACUAGGUUUAUGAACAUCUCGAGAAGUUUCUUCAGGUUGAGCUGUGGCCUGUUUCAGUCGAAUCGAAUCUCAAUCACCGCCCUGCGAAGAGAAAACAACUUCCUGAGAGCUGCCUUUAAAGCAUCCUAUCAUUCAUCCUUUUUUUUCUCACACUCUCCUUCCUCGAUGGAUUUAAAGACAGUUCUGGAAGCCCUAGAGCAGCUUGCUCCUCUGUCAUUGGCUGAAUCUUGGGAUAAUGUUGGUCUCUUGGUGGAACCGAGCAAACAGCGUCCGAUCAAGACGAUCCUGCUCACCAACGAUCUGACUGCUGACGUAAUGGAUGAAGCUGAAGCGACGACAUGUGACCUCAUCGUUUCGUACCACCCACCUCUUUUCAGUUCUUUUAAACGCCUUGUUCAGAAGGACUGGAAACAACAGUUGGCCAUCAGAGCUAUAGAAAGCGGCAUAGCUGUCUUCUCACCGCAUACGUCAUGGGAUAGCGUGAGAGGAGGCCUUAAUGAUUGGUUAAUAGAAGGCGUAGGCAGUGGGCAAGUGUCUGUGUUAAGACAGGCUCACUGUAGCGACAACCAAAAGCACAGACUGGAGUUUACAUCCAGGAAUGAAGAGGAGCUCAAUACUAUCAUGAAGCACAUAAAAAAGACAGAAAAUAGUGAAACCUUUCAGUAUGACAUACUAAGGACUGAAGAAGAGGCACAGCAUGUGAUCCUGAACUGUUCCAGCUCAGAACUGACCACUGCUGUUCAGGCUAUAUUAGGCAAUGCUUCAGCUGGCCAGUCUCUCAACAUCACACAGGUCCAGCAGCUCCCUUUACCAGGUUGCGGUCAGGGACGUCACGCCGUGCUGGACGAGCCGAUAUCUACAGCUGUGGCACUCCAGAGAGUGAAGAAACACCUCGGGCUGCCUUACCUUAGACUGGCUCUGGGAAAUCACAAAUCAUUAGAUUCUGUGGUGAAGAGCGUAGCUGUGUGUGCUGGCUCAGGAGCUUCAGUCCUGCAGGGUGUGAAAGCAGACCUCUACAUCACCGGUGAAAUGUCCCAUCACGAGGUGCUGGAUGCUGUGUCUAAAGGCACGAGCGUGAUUCUGAGCGAGCACAGUAACAGCGAGAGAGGUUUUCUCCCCGUCUUCAAGGAGCGGCUCACCGCACGUCUCUCGGACUCUGUUCGCGUGAUCAUCUCCCAAAAAGACAAAGACCCGCUGCAGGUCGUGUGAUCUCAUUAUCUCACACUGAGGUACUCUGACAGGACGGUGGGAUAAUCAGACAUCACUCCCGUAGCACCGACCGCGAAAGCCGCAGCAAUGUCCUCCUCGUUGUUGCACACGAACAACUGCACCUGAGGACGAAGGAACACAGGACGUCUCGGUUUACGGAGAGAUUCACGGCUGUAUGAUUUUAAACCAGUUUACAGUGGAACUGACACACACCUGCAUGCCUCGCUUCACCAAGUGCUCAAACAAAGACUUUCUCAUAGUCAGGCUGGAGAAGAGAAAAAAAUAUUCAACCUUUUGUCACAGGGCAUCAUGUGUACAGACAAACACACACACACACACACACACACACACACACACAUAUACAUACACACAUAUACA